AUGACAUCUCCUCUUAUUAUGAACGUCGUUAUUAUUAAAGAGUACGGUGGAUGGUCUACUGGUCUAUUCGGAUGUUUCGAAGACUGUGAAAGCUGUAUGGCGGCGUUCUGUUGUUUUGGCAUUUAUAGGUGUUUUUUGGCCAAUAAACUGGGUGAAAGCUUUAUGUAUCCGUGCUGUGCCUGUUUCCCUACUGACCUAAUGGUUCUACGAAUGAAAGUCAGAACAAUGAAUCGUAUAAAUGGCAGUGCCCUUGAAGACUGCUGUGUUUCUAGCUAUUGCUCUGCAUGCGUUGCCGCACAGCUGUCACGUGAAUGGGAUAAUACUCAUUGA